AUGUGGGGCGCGGGGACCGCGGCGCUGCAGCUGCUCUCCCGAGCCGUGAAGCAGGCGGCGGCGCAGGGGGCCCGGCAGGACCUGGGCCGCUGGUUGUCCCGAGCCGCUGGGACGGCGGCAGGAGGCGGCGGCGGGGGUACCGUCGGCUUCGUCCCAGCAGAGGCGGCGGGAGCUGAGGGGCUGCUGCUCCGGCCAUACGUGGAGCAGGGCGGGCUGCCGCCGGCGGAGCUGCUGCUCUGCCAGCUGCCCGAGGCGGGCGGCGGCGGGUCCGGGCUGGCCGAGGCCCGGGGCUGGCGCUGCUCCUGCUGCCUCCUGGGCACCUGCUGGUGCAAGAGCUGCCUCAGCGUGUGCGUUCUGGCAGCCCUCUGCUUCGCCUCGCUGGCCCUGGUGCGCCAGUACCUGCGAGACCUGGUGCUCUGGGCCGAGAGCCUGGACAGCCUGGCAGGUGUGCUGCUCUUCACCGUGGGCUUCAUCAUCGUGUCCUUCCCCUGCGGCUGGGGCUACAUCCUGCUCAACGUGGCCGCCAGCUACCUCUAUGGUUUCUGGCUGGGCAUGGGGCUGAUGGUGCUCGGCGUCCUUGUGGGCACUUUUGUCGCCCACGUGGUCUGCAAGCGGCUGUUGGCCCACUGGGCGCGGACCAGGAUCCAGGGCAGCGAGACACUCAGUGCCAUCGUCCGCGUCGUGGAGGGCGGCAGCGGCCUCAAGGUGGUGGCUCUGGCACGGCUGACCCCGAUCCCCUUUGGGCUGCAGAAUGCUGUCUUCGCGAUUACAGAUUUGUCACUACCCAACUACCUGAUGGCUUCCUCAGUUGGACUGCUUCCUACUCAGCUCCUGAACUCAUACUUGGGCACUACCUUGCGCACCAUGGAGGAUGUGAUUGCAGAACAAAGUGUUAGUGGCUAUUUUAUAUUUAGUUUACAGAUUAUCAUAAGCAUAGGACUCAUGUUUUAUGUUGUUCACCGAGCUCAAGUGGAACUGAAUGCAGCUAUUGUAGCGUGUGAAAUAGAAAUGAAGACAUCUCUUGUUAAAGACAGUCAACCAAGCAUCAGUGGUUCAACCACAUACUGCAACAAAAGGACAGUAGCGUUCUCUGGAGGAGGUGUCAAUAUUGUGUGAUUUCAAGUAUUAAUAGAGUAAGGUUUUGUGAACCUAAGCUAUUGCCUAGAAAUACCUAUGGACAAUUCAACUAGUUUAAAAGAAAAAGAAUAAUAAUUUACCAGUGGUUACAGGUUGUACUGUGGCACAAACCAACCGAUCAGCUCUUCAAUUGCACAUGGGGUGACUUCUAGCAAGGAAAGAAAGAUAGCGAAGUAACUCAAGAUGUAAAUGCAAAUUUGGCUGCACCUUUGGUCAUUUAUUAUGCCUGUCAUGGCCUGUAGUCUGCACUUUAGGUUUUUUUUUCCUUUGCUCCUGUAAACUGAGAAAUGCUUCUAUAAACUGAGAAAAGUAGCACAGAGGUAAAUAUUUUUCUGCUUAGUAUUAUUUAUAAGGCUGAAUAAUUAUAUGCAGUAGAAUUUUAUUACUGAUAAAGAUGAAUGAGAAAGUAUGCAAUUCAGUGUAUUUUAUUCUUGAAUGUGCUUUUGCUUUGGAAUUGCUUCCAGAACUUGGAGUGUAUUAUUUAGCUAAUGAUGGGACCAUUUGGCUUUUCCUUCAUUUUUGGGUCAAAAAACCCCCAAAACAAAA